GUUGAACAGGGUGUGCGUGAGAAUUACUUAGAAGGUCAGGAGGUGACAGGGCGUAUGCGCGCCAUCUUGGUAGACUGGUUGGUACAGGUACACUCCAGGUUCCAUCUCCUGCAGGAGACUCUCUACCUAACAGUGGCCAUUAUUGACAGGUUCCUUCAGGUUCAAGCGGUGUCUCGUAGUAAGCUUCAGCUCCUUGGUGUGACAGCCAUGUUGGUAGCUUCCAAAUACGAAGAGAUGUAUGCCCCUGAAGUGGCAGACUUUGUCUACAUCACAGACAAUGCAUACACAAAGUCAGAGAUCAGGAAAAUGGAGAUCUUAAUCCUUAAGGGUUUAGAGUUCAACUUGGGGAGACCCUUGCCUCUACAUUUUCUGCGUAGAAACUCCAAGGCUGGUCAGGUUGAUGCUACAGUACACACACUAGCCAAAUACCUGAUGGAGCUAACAAUAGUAGAGUAUGAUAUGGUGCAAUACACUCCCUCCCAGGUGGCAGCAGCUGCCCUGUGUCUGGCUGUCAAGGUCCUAGAUGAGUCUGACUGGACGGACACAUUAACACACUACAGUGGAUAUACAGAUGAACAAAACAAACCAGUCAUGCAGAAGAUGGCUGCACUAGUGGUAAAAGCUAACUCUGGAAAAUCAAAACUACAGGCAAUCAAAACCAAGUACCAGAGCUCUAAGUACAUGAAAAUCAGUGCCCUGCCAGAGCUCCACACCACAGUCAUCCAUGACAUUGCAGAAGGCAAAUCGUGAAGCCAUGGACAUUGGUUGAUACAACCCUGGAGUAUGUGUGCAAAUGUGUGAGCAGUUGAGAGAGAGAGGUGUCAAAACCCAAUCAGGAUUUGUCAGGAAUUUGGGUUUUUAUCACCUCAAGUUUCAUCUUGAUCAUGUAACUUUUUUAAAUGCUGCUUUAUUCAUUUUUUUUAUAAUACCAGUCAUUUUUUGAAAGCUAAGUCCUUUUAUGGAGCUGAAAUCUGGACAUUUGAUGCGAAUGCAUUUCCUCACUUUUAAAUAUCAAAGUGAUAAAUGAGGUAGAUACGGAAAAAUCUGCAUGAGAAUUAAAUUAUACAGCAUGGUUGCAAUUAGCAUGUGGGUUACUUGUAUAUAGUAUAUAGCUUAGAAAAUCGUGUAUAAAUGAUUUUUAUUUCAAUAAAUGUUUUAUUUUUAUUAACAAGACUUCUGAUAUCUGACUUGAAAUAAUAGACUAAAUGGAGAUUAAAAGACAAAAUAAAGGAUUGAGGACCCCAAAAGAAA